UUUUGCUCUGUCAUUUGGUGUUUUAUACCUGGUUUUCAGUUGCGUUAGGAUAUUACUGUUGAAUAAUUUUCAUGCAAGAUCAAUUUUAAAAUUAACACCCUCUCUCUUACGUCUAAGAUGGUUGAACUGGGAACCUCCAAAUUCUUCUUCUUUUGGGUGCCCCGUGGAAGUUCAGGUUAGUUAUAUAUUAGUUUUGUUUUCCUUUUAUUUAUUUAUUGAAGCAGAUACAACUAGCAUGCAUGGAGUGUAGAGAAGUCAACGUGGAUUCUACCGAACCAGUUGUGUAUAUAUACAUAGACACAGAAAGGAAGAAAAUCAUUGCAUGCUUUGAUAAUGGAGUCAAGAAAAAGCGCAGUGUUGCUGAUAUUUCUUUCAGUUUCAAUGUGGCGGGUGCAGAGUGGAAGUAGCAGUGUCAUCGUGUCGAAGGAUGGGAGUGGAGAUUACAGAACGGUGAGUGAAGCCAUUAUUGAAGCUCCUGACAUGAGUGACAAACCUUACACCAUUCACGUUCGAGCAGGCACUUAUCAAGAAUACCUCUUCAUUCCUUCGCAUAAGACUAAUAUUAGGCUCCUCGGAGACGGACCUCACCACACCAAAAUAGUAAGCUACCAAAGUGGUUCCACCAUAGACAUUCGUGGAGAUGGGUUCAUGGCGGCGAAGAUGGGAUUUGCGAACUGGGCAGGGCUAAACGCGAGCGGUGCAGUGGCGGUUCGGAACGAGGCAGACAAGAGCGUAUUCUUCCAAUGCUCCAUCCAAGGACUCCAGGACACUCUGUGGGCGGUUUCCGGCCGCCACUUCUACAAAAACUGCGAUAUCUACGGCACGGUGGACUUCAUCUACGGCAGCGCGGCGGCGGUGUUCCAGGACUGCAUGGUGUACGCGCGGUACAGAGAGUACGUGACGUUCACGGCGCAGUCGCGAGAGGAUCCGAAUGAGAAGAGCGGGUUCAGUUUCCAGAGAUGCGAAUUCAGAAUGUCGCCGGAGGAUGAGAGCAGAAAGAGAGAGGUGCAUGCGAGCCUCGGGCGUCCCCUGAGACCCUAUUCCACCGUCGCCAUUCUCCACUCUUACAUUGACUCCAUCGUCGAUCCAAAAGGUUGGGAGCCCAUGCCCCACCAGCCCACCGACAAAGUCACCUACAUCGAGUUUCAGAAUUUUGGGCCGGGCUCUAACACCGACGACAGAGUUAACUGGGCCGGCGUCACCGUCCUUAGCCACCCGGCCCAACUAGCCCCUUUCACCGCCUCCUAUCUCUUAGACGCUGACUCUUGGAUUCCCUCCACCGGAGUUCCCUACCACACUGGACUAUAGUGUACUCAAUCAAAUGUAUCUGUUCUGCUGCAACAAAUAUUACUGCAAUUUUUACAUUUUCAAAUUAAUCGCUAUUU